AUGACCCUCAGAAGAGCAUCCUUACCCAGAAGUGCCCAUGUCACCCUGCAUUUCCGUGUUGGCUAUCCACCCCCAUCGUGCACACUGUGUGAGGACAUCCCAAACAGACACAAGGAGAAUGUACAGAGUGAGCUGAGACUGGAGUCGAACCCGGCUCCCUGUGGCUGUGAGGUAGCAGCACUAACCCACUAAGCCACCGCACUGGCCGUGCUCGGCGGCGCCGCUAGAGGACGGUGUCAUGAUUACACUGUGAGGCCGCCGCCGCUGUUUGUGAUGACCGUGUGAGAGCCGGCAGCUGGGUCACAGGCCACCCGCCCGCGGGGGCAGGGCGCCGCGGUGAUGCCGGGCCGAGCCGGGGGCCCCUCGCCGGCCGCGGGGAAGAAGCAGGUUCGGUUCGCUCGGCCCCUGCAGCGCCUGCCGGAGGAGGAGGAGGAGGAGACGCUGUUCGAGAGCCGGCGGCGGCGGGAGGAGGCCGGGCCCGGGGCCGGGGCCGGGGCCGGGGCCGAGCCUGGGUCUGGGGGCACGGUGAUACGGGCAAGGGCCACACGGCGGGGAGGCCGCUGUGCCGACACCUUGCUGCUGUGCGGGGCCUUCCUGGGGCUGGGGAUGAGCAUUGCUAUUUUGGGACCUACAUUUAAAGAACUCGCAACUAAUGUCGACAAAAAUAUAAGUGAAAUCUCCUACAUCUUUGUGGGCCGAUCGCUGGGCUAUGUGGGAGGCUCACUGAUUGGUGGGAUACUGUUUGAUUGCACAAAUCCCCACUUGUUAAUUGGAAAUUCCAUGUCUGAGCAACGAAUGUAA